CUCCGCGUCGCCUGCGCUCCGAGCGCGCCAUGAGCCGCGGCCGCUCCUCCGGCUCCAGGCGCCUGGACCCGGCCGGCCACGCCGCCCGCAGCGCCUCGUCGCCCGCGCCCGAGGAAAUUUACGACCGUCUCUUGGAAGUCCCGGUCACUAGGGAGCAGUUACACCACUAUCGGAAUGUGGCCGAAAGUGCUCGAAGUGACCUUGCUGCAACUUUGGUCAAAUUUGAAUGUGCUCAGUCUGAGCUUCGAGAUCUCCGAUCCAAGAUGCUUUCGAAAGAAGCCUCCUGUCAAGAGUUGAAAGCUGAAAUGGAGAAUUACAAAGAAAAUAAUGCUAGAAAAUCAUCUCUCCUCACCUCUCUGAGACACAGAGUUCAGGAGCUGGAAGAAGAAUCAGCAGCACUUGCCACUUCUAAAAUUAGAACCGAAAUCACAGCUCACACCGCAAUCAAGGAGAACCAGGAGUUGAAGAAGAAAGUUGCGGAACUAGAUGAGAACUUACAAAAGUGUUCAAAGGAAAAUGAGGAGAAUAAGAAGCAAGUGUCAAAGAAUUGCAGGAGACAUGAAGAAUUUCUAGCUCAACUUUGUGACUGCUUAGAUCCGGACAAGAAGAAUGAAAAGGCGUCAGAUGAAGAUUUAAUUCUAAAGCUUAGAGAACUGUGCAAGGAAAAUGCAUUCGUAAAAGGACAAAUCGUUACUCUUGAAGAGACUGUAAAUGUCCAUGAGAUGGAAGCAAAAGCUAGCAGAGAAACCAUCAUGAGGCUGGUUUCAGAAGUAAACAGAGCGCAGAAAAAAGCUGCCUCCUGCACUGAAGAGAAAGACAAGCUGGGCCAGGACCUGCUCAGUGCUGUAGAGACAAAGGAGGCUCUUGAAAGGGAAGUCAAGCUCUUCCAAGAAAGGCUGCUUGCUGGCCAGCGGGUCUGGGAUGCCUCGAAGCAGGAACUGAGCCUCUUGAAGAAAAGCUCUUGCGAGUUGCAGAAGAGCUUGGAGGCCAGCCGGGAUGCGAUGGCAGCCUCGAGAAACCAGCACUCCUCGUUUAGGGAGAAAGUCGCAGCGCUGCUCGGGGGCAACUGGGGCACGGUUGUGCCCAUGGAACAUGCUAUUUUGGAAAGGAUCCGAGAAAUGACCAGCCAGGGAGAGAGCAGGAAAAGUAUGGUCUCCCAGCUUGAAGCCCGAAUAUCUGAGCUUGUUGAACAGUUGGGAAAUGAGUCUGGGUUUCACCAGAAAGCUCUUCAGAGGGCCCAGAAAGCAGAAAGCAAGUUGGAGACUCUUCAGGGUCAGCUGACAUACCUGGAGGGAGAGCUGGCUUCUGGAGAUGUUUUGCGAGAUAACUUGAAUUUUGAGAAACAAAAAUAUCUUAAAUUUCUGGAUCAGCUCUCAGAGAAAAUGAAACUGGACCAGAUGGCUGCUGAACUUGGCUUUGACAUGCGCUUGGAUGUAGUCUUAGCUCGCACAGAGCAGCUGGUCCGCCUCGAGAGCAACGCAGUCAUUGAAAACAAGACUAUCGCUCACAAUUUACAGAGAAAGCUCAAGACUCAGAAAGAAAGACUGGAGAGCAAAGAACUGCAUGUGAACCUUCUCCGGCAGAAAAUUGCCCAGUUGGAGCAGGAGAAGCAGGUGCGUUCGGCCUUGGCGGUAGAGAGGGACGAGGCCAAUCUCACCCUAAGGAAGUUGCAAAAGAAGGUGGAGAGGCUGCAGAAGGAGUUGAGUGUGUGUCGAGAAUCGAACACGGAGCUCAAAGCCCAGCUGGCUGACACCCAUGAGCUUAAGAUUAAAACUUUGGAACAGACCAAAGCCAUUGAAGACCUAAACAAAUCCAGAGACAAACUUGAGAAGAUGAAGGAGAAAGCUGAGAAAAAACUAAUGUCUGUCAAGUCAGAACUGGAUUCUACAGAGCAUGAGGCUAAGGAGGAUAAAGAGAGAGCCAGGAACACGAUAGAAGUGGUAACCAGUGAAAUGAAGACACUAAAAAAAUCUCUGGAAGAAGCAGAAAAGAGAGAAAAGCAGCUGGUGGACUUCAGGGAAGUGGUUUCCCAGAUGCUGGGCUUGAACAUGACCAGUCUUGCACUUCCCGACUAUGAAAUCAUCAAAUGUCUUGAAAGACUGAUCCAUUUACAUCAGCAUCACUUUGUCACCUGUGCCUGCCUCAAAGAUGUGACGCUUGGGUGAGACAGGCACCCACAAAGCCACUUAAAACUCCUUCAUUGAAUACCAUGUCUCUUGAAGGAGGUAGAGCUAAGUGAUGGCACACAAUUCUCGAUUUCACGAAUUCCCGAAACCUUUGAAAUUUGAUCAGUAUGCGAAUACCAUAUACUUUGAUGAUAGAGCGAGGAUCCGUCAUUUGCAAAAAAAGGAUCUCAGAGGUGCCAGCUGUAGGGAAAUGUCUGAUGCUAAAAACACCUAUUGUUUUAUUUGCUAGCACUUUGGGACCCAGAAGAGUUCCAGUAGAUUGUAAACCUAGAAUGGGCAAUGGUGGUAGGGAAUUUACAUUUAUGGGAUUCCUUUUAUGACUUGGGGGCUUUCCUACCCAAUUUAAUUCUCAUAAUAGCCAUGUGGAGAAGGUUUAGUGUUUGAUUUUACAACCUCUCUGGGGCUCAGAGAGGGUGUUACCUACCCAAGAUUGCAAUUGGUUAGCAAUUGAACCAGAAGUCUUACCAUGCUGGCUCUGGGUCAAAGGCUGUACCUUCUCUGUUACAUCGCACUCCUCCCGAUUCCCCUGAAUUCCUGUGAUCCUGGUGAAAAUUGCCCCCAUAAAGAAAGGCAGACAUUCAUAGAAUCAAGAAUUGAAGCCCCCAAAGUAACAGAUUUAUGAAUGUUACCCAUAUGAUUUCUUUAAAAGGCAAUAUACCAAAUUAUUUGGUAAAACAUACAUAGGGUCUGAGGUCUUGGAAGAAAUUUACCUGUUUUAUUUAAAAAAAAAAUUUUUUUUUUAAACAUUUUUAUUUGUUCUUGAGACAGAGAGAGACAGAGCAUGAAUGGGGGAGGGGCAGAGAGAGAAGGAGACACAGAAUUGGAAGCAGGCUCCAGGCCCUGAGCCAUCAGCCCAGAGCCCAACGCGGGUCUCAAACUCACGGACCCUGAGAUCGUGACCUGAGCCGAAGUCGGACGCUCAACCGACUGAGCCACCCAGGCGCCCCGAAAUUUACAUGUUUUAAAUGUGGCUGCCAGAUCACAUUUGGUGGCAAUUUUUCAUGUUGGAGCAGGGUUGAUCUCAGUCCUUGAGAAGUCAAACCUUUAAUGUGAAACCUGUCACAUGAAAUCCUGUACAGUUUUAUUCACCAGUUUAUCAGAUGCACUGACAGCAGGGGUACUUUUUUCAGAUUGGGAUUUUAUUAUGACUUUCUGUCAUUUUCUGCCUUCUUUUUAAAUGUGUAUUUCACAGAUAUUUUUCAGGAAGCCAUAUUCUUAACUUUAUUGAGAGAAACUUUUACUUUUUUGGUCGAUUACCUUAUUUUUGCCAUAUGUAAUUUUCUAAACAGUUUCUGAAAAAAGUGUUGGUGUCUAAUUAAAGGAGAGGGGAAAAACAGAUUACAUCCGAACAUUAAGAGAAAAAGCAUAUUCUGCGGGGCACAUGGGUAGCUUAGUUGGUUAAGCCUCUGACUCUUGAGUUUGGCUCAGGCCAUGAUCUCACAGUUCCUGAGAUCGAGCCCCAAGUCAGGCUCUGCGCUGACAGCAAGGAGCCUGUUUGGGAUUCUUGCUCUCCCUCCCUCUCUCUCCCUCUCCCUGGCUCAUGCGUAUGCAUGCUCUCUUACUCUCAAAAUAAAUAAACUUUAGAAAAAGAGAGAAAAAGCAAAUUCUAGAGGAAAGGAAAUGAGUUUGACACUUAUUGAUGACAGAUCACACAGAGGAAGAGGAAGCAACGAUGUCCUCUGGGAGAUGGGUCAUGGUCGCCUGGCUUUCUCCCUUGUGUGCAACGAUAGUAUAAAGUACCUUUUGCAACUGAAUAAACACACCUUCACAGCCCUGACUGAGGACAUGAGCUAGGUCUGCAACAGGCUGGAGAGGCAGAAUUGUAUUUUCCCCGCAGAAGUCAUCUCUGAAGAUCCCCUCACAUGCUCCAUGGAGACAGUGGCUGCUGUUCUGGACCCAUACACACUCAGACUGAAGGAGGCAACCUUACUGUCUGGGUCUCUGGAGGACUGAAUUGCUGAGUGGCUUUGCUUCAGCCAUGCCAUAGAAAGGUGGGGGGUGUUCAGAGAUGGAGGGAUUGUUUUUAUACCCCUGUUUUAUAUCUCUGUUCUCAUUUUCCAAAUACAGUCUUUAACGAA